AUGAUGUCCGCUCGUGUUGCCCGCUCCGGCCUGCGCGCCGCCCAGCAGUUCUCCGCCGCUCGCCCGGCCUUCAACGGCCUGCGCACCUAUGCCACCCCGGCCCAGGAUGUCCGCCCCCCCGUCGCUCUGUUCGGCGUUGACGGCACCUACGCUACUGCUCUGUACACUGCUUCCUCCAAGUCCGCUGCCCUCGACCAGACCGCCAAGGCUAUCGCUACCCUCGGCCAGACCCUGAAGGCCGACCCCAAGCUGUCCACCAUCCUCGGCGCUCCUACCCUGUCCAUUGCCGACAAGCAGGAGAUCAUCAAGGAGCUCCAGAAGGUUGCCGGUGCCGACAAGGCCGACAUCCUCAAGAACUUCCUCCAGACUCUGGCCGAGAACAACCGUCUCGCCUCCCUCGAGGGUGUCUGCGAGAAGUUCGGUACCCUGAUGAGCGCCCACCGUGGUGAGGUUGAGCUGAACAUUACCUCUGCUCAGGAGCUCGAUGCCAAGACCAUCUCCCGCCUCGAGAAGGCCGUCGCUAAGUCCGAGUUCAGCCAGGGCAAGAAGCUCAAGGUUGUCACCAAGGUCAACCCCGACCUUGUUGGUGGACUCGUCGUCGAGAUCGGUGACCGCACCAUCGACCUGAGCGUUUCCUCCAAGAUCGCCAAGAUGAACAAGGCUCUUACCGAUGCCCUGUAA